CAUCUAAGAGAGACCACCAUUCCAUGAUUUCCAGAGACACCCCGUUUGGGGUCUUCCUCACCAUUCAAACUGGAGUUGGUUUCCUGGGGAACUGCUUGCUGUUUAUGUUAUACAUGUACACCCUCUUCACUCUCCCCCAUAAGAAGAAGCCUGCUGAUGGGAUCCUUGCCCACUUAACUUUGGCUAACAGCCUGACCGUCCUAUUCAGAGGGGUUCCAAAUAUAAUUAGUUCCUUUGGAAUGAGGCCUGAGAUAAGUGACACUGAGUGUAAACUUGUUCUCUACAUUCAGAGAGUUACCCGGGGUAUUUCUCUGUGCACCACCUCCCUCCAGAGCUUGUUCCAGGCCGUGACCAUUGCUGUAAGUGGUUGUAAAUGGGCCUGGCUCAAGAACAACAUCUCCAGACUCAUUCAACCCUCCAUAUUUUUCUGCUGGAUCAUCAACAUGGUCAUGUAUUCUGAGGUUAUCUUAAAAACUGUGGCCAAUAGAAAUAUCAGUGAUAUUACAUCUUUUUAUCAUAGUCCUUUUUGUAAGGUCAGUAUGUAUGAUCACUACGUGGCUGUGACAUUUCUCAGUAGCAUGAUUAUUCAGGACUCAUUGUUUCUCUCCCUGAUGGCAUGCAGUAGUAUCUACAUGGUGACUGUCCUUACCAAACACCACAGGACAGCUCAGAGCAUCCGCAGCAGCGCCCGCUGCUCAGGAAGCUCUCCUGAAAGCAAAGCCACCCAGGUCAUCCUCACACUGGUUUGCUGCUUCGUUUUCUUUUACUGGACCAAUAGCUUUCUUACUGCUUAUUCACACUUUGGAAAUAAGCUGAAUUGGCAACUGGAGAACAUUAAUAACUUUAUUUCUUCGUGUUACCCUACCAUCUGUCCUUUCAUCCUGAUGAAAAAUGAGAAAAGAAUUUUCAGAGUGAAUUUCUUCAAUAGUAGGACAAGAAUUUUUUCGUUAAAGUAAAUUAAAUGAUCCUAUGAACACUCCUCAGCAUUCGUCUGGAGGAGAAGAUUCAUUUAUAUGCGUCCAGAGUCAC